AUGGGGGACCGCGAUCGCGGCAUCGACGAGGGCAACGAGGCGCUUGACCCCGAGCUGCUCUACACCAAGGAGUACUGUAUCGGCGGAGGAAGCUUUGGCAAGGUCUACAAGGGAGUCGACAAGCGUACCGGCCAUGCUGUCGCCAUCAAGAUCAUCGACAUCGAGAGCGCCGAAGACGAGGUAGAAGACAUCAUCCAGGAGAUUGCCAUCCUGUCCGAGCUCCAGUCGCCCUAUGUCACCAAAUACUACGGCUCCUACGCCAAGGGCGCCGAGCUAUGGAUUGUCAUGGAGUUCUGCUCCGGCGGGAGCUGCGCAGAUCUGAUGAAGCCCGGUCUGAUAGGAGAGGAUUACAUCUCCAUCAUCAUCCGCGAACUGCUGCUGGGCCUUGACUAUUUGCACUCGGACAAGAAGCUGCACCGCGACGUCAAAGCCGCAAACGUCCUCCUGAGUUCCAAUGGCCAGGUCAAGCUUGCCGACUUUGGCGUCUCUGGGCAGCUCUCGGCCACCAUGACCAAGAAGAACACCUUUGUCGGCACGCCCUUCUGGAUGGCGCCCGAGGUAAUUAAGCAGUCGGGCUACGACCACAAAGCAGACGUCUGGUCUCUCGGCAUUACGGCUCUGGAGCUCGCCAACGGCGAACCGCCCUACGCCGACAUCCACCCCAUGAAGGUGCUUUUCUUGAUUCCCAAGAACCCGCCCCCGCGCCUCGAAGGGAACUUUACAAAGGCGUUCAAGGACUUCAUCGAGGCGUGUCUGCAACGGGACCCCAAAGAACGGCCCACGGCCAAGGACCUGCUGAAGCAUCCCUUUAUACGCCGCGCCAAGAAGACGAGCUACCUCACCGAGCUGAUCGAAAGGCACUCCCGCUGGGCCGCCACCCACAAAGGCGACGACGACGAGAGCGACCAAGGGGGCGAGGAGUACCACGAGCGCCAGCAGGUCGAUGAGGACAUGUGGGACUUUGGCACCGUGAGGCUCGUGGGAGACCGCGGCGGUGUCGUCCCUCGGCCCGGACUUGGUGCGCUGGACGAGUCGGCCACCAACGCUAGAGCCGCCAGGUCUUUGGAGAACACGGACGACUACGGCGAGCGCUCCAGAGACAAUAGCCCGACCAAGGUUCGCGAUUUCGGCCGCGAUCUCGCCAUCGCAUCCGACACCCUCAAGGUCGCAAGCGCCAACACGGGCACCUCUCGCCAAGCAUCGCCGCAACGGAAGCCCGUGCCGGCCAGCGCGCCGCCCCAGACGCCGGCCAAGGUGCCUCUUCCAGUGUCGCCCGAGAAGAUGCAGCGAGGCCCAGAGACUCCCAGGCCCAUCUCCCGACUCAUCCCGCCUGCCGUCCCCAUCAGCCAAUCUCCGGACUACGACCGAGAGCUACAGGCCCAGUUGCAGAGAGACAUGGGCCUGCUGAGUCUAGGCCCCGUAAUCCAGCCGGCUGCCGAGGUGGUGCAAAGCCAGGAGCAGACGACGCCGCGACCCCCGCCCCACGGGCCUCGGCCUAAUACGAAGAUGACGCCCAUCUCCCUUCCAGACAUUCCACCGUACCGUGGAAGCCCGCAGGCGCAGGCGCAGACGCAGGCGCAACAAGCGCCAAUUAGGAUACCGAGCCAGUCACCCAACGAGCAGCGGUAUCGCCAGCCUUCAGGACAAGCGGCGGCGGUGGCGGCACCGCCUCCUCCGCUCAAGGCGCACGCGCUGCCUUCCAAGACGCAGACGCCGACGCCCGAACCAGCGGCGCCUUCGUCAUUCCCUCCGCCGGCGCCUUCUAACCCGAACGGCGAGCUUGAUGCGUUGAACGAUGUCAUUUUCCCCGCGCUCGAGGAGGCGCUCAAGAGGAGGCAGAUCAGGCUGCAGCAGGCUUUCCGGCCUCAACAGGGCCUGUCUAGCCCUGCGGUCAUGAACCAGGUGACGCCCAAGCAGCAGCGAGCCGAGGCGGCUCACGAGAAGCUGCGGAAGCUCGUAUAUAAGCUCGCCCAUGUGUGCAAGGAGAUUGACCACUACGACAAGGCGGAACCCGUGGGCAUGGGAAGAGAUGUGGGCACCUUUCUGGAGGGCCUGCUGGAGGAGAUUCUUGUCAGGGUUGAACCCCUCGACGAGGAGGAUGUUGCGGCGUGA